AUGGUUCCGCACCCAGCACAGGGCCACAUCUUUCCUAUGCUUAAGUUGGCACAAAAGCUGGCGAACGAGCAUGGGAUCGCUGUGACGGUCGCCAACUUGGAGUUCAUCCACAGAAAGAUCGCCGAGCAGAGCUGUGGUACAGGGAUCAGGCUGAUUUCUGUUCCCGACGGGUUUGAAUCGCCGGGGGACGCGGACGAUUGGCUGAAGAUGGCAGAGUGCUUGGAGAAAGUAGUGCCCGUCCAGCUGCGGAAGUUACUGGAAAAGCAAAAGGAGUCGGGUCACGACCAAGAGAUCAGUUGGGUCAUCGCCGAUGCGUUUGCUUCGGCAGCGUUCGUGGUAGCCACGGAGAUGGGGAUCAAAACGGCCGCGUUGUGGACUGCCUCCAUGGACAACUUGGCCUUGUUGUUGCGGCUUCCGCAGCUGAUUGAAGCUGGUACUAUUGAUGAGAACGGAUUCUUGUUGAAUAAUCUUGAAUCAAUCUCCCUAUCAUAUGGAAUCCCUGCCUGGAAAAUUAAUGAGUUGACUUGGAACUCUCCUGGAGCGCCUGACGAUCAGAAAUUCCUUUUCACACGCUUCUACAUCAACGUGUCACGCUACUCCCAACUUUUCGACUGCUUGCUUGUGAACUCAUUCCACGAACUGGAGACGGCGGCCUGUCAAAUGUUUCCUGAUACCUUGCCAAUCGGUCCACUGAAUAAUAAUAAUAAUCUCGCCGUCCCUGCUGGAAGCUUCUGGCAACAGGAUGCGACUUGCGUGCCUUGGCUGGACGAGCAGCCUCCAGGCUCGGUGUUGUACGUCGCGUUUGGAAGCAUUACGGUGGUGAGCCAGCAGCAGUUCUUAGAGUUGGCGUUGGGCCUUGAAAUGACGGGCAAACCGUUCCUCUGGGUUAUCCGGCCAGAUUUCGUGAAGGGGUCGACAGCUGAAUUUCCCCAAGGAUUUUGGGAGAGGGUGGGGGGCAGAGGGAAGGUUGUGGGGUGGGCGAACCAAGAAGCUGUGCUUUCUCAUCCAGCCACCACAUGUUUCGUAAGCCACUGCGGGUGGAACUCCACGCUGGAUGGGUUGUGUGCCGGAGUUCCGUUCUUGUGUUGGCCUUACUUUGUGGACCAAUUUCAUAACCGAGACUCUAUAUGUGAAGCUUGGAAGGUUGGCCUCAACUUGGAGGCUGAUGAUGAAACCGGGAUGGUGACCAGGUCCGAGAUAGCGAGCAAGGUGGGAAGACUUCUCUCUGAUGACACCAUAAGAUGCAAUUCACUCAGGCUUAGGGGAAGUGCAAGGGAUAGUGUGACAGAAGGUGGCUCUUCCUCCUUCAAUUUCGCAAGCUUCGUCCAUCGCCUAUGCUCACUCACUUGA